AUGUUCGAAGAUGAUAACACAAUAGUUGAUGCUAUGCUGAUCCUCAAAUCCUUUAAUAUGUUGCAGAAGCCUUCCUCCUUGAUACCAUUUUAUGAUUUCAGUCUCUCCUCAUCCUCCGAGGAAUCCAAAGAAGAAGCACAUGAUGAAGCUAACAAGCAUACCUCUCCAAAAACUACCUUGGAAAGUGAUCAAGGUAAUGGGGCUCAAGCCAAUUCGAUUGAUGACUCCAAGCCCUCCAAACAUCAUGAUGACGUAAACAAUGAUGAUGAUAAGAAGUCUAAGAGUUCUACCUCAGGCACAGGAUCUUCAGGCGAAAAUAUUGCAAGUCCUUUUGCCCUGUUAGAACUCUGA